AUUUUUGUAAAAAAGAAAAGGACUAAAAAAGAUAAUCAGAAUAAAAUGGGAGAGAAUACUAUUGAUCAAUUCAUUGACUAUUUUGAUUAUAUAGAUGAAGGAUUAAGUAAACGAUUGAAGUCUAUAAUGAAGAUGAUGUCAAAAACAUAUUUAGUAUACGGACAUAUGAGAUGGUAUGAUGAUACUAAUAUGUUAGGGAUUGAUAUAAUUGAAAAAAAUACAGGAAGAAGUGUUUGUUUAAUUAUAACAGAUCUCAAGAAAAUACUUGUUGGAAGAGACAACAAGAUAAUUUCAGUUGAUAGUAUUGAAAAAGAAGUUAAAGAAAAGUUUAAGCACAUCACAGAAGAAUUAAUUGAAGAAUUAAAAAUAGUUGAAUCAGGAGGACCACUUGAGGGUUUUACAGAAGUAUGUAUGAAACAAAAAAUUAAUCCAAAUCAUUUUAUUGAAUACAAAGAAAGGUGUUUUGAAAAGAAAUUUAAAGGGAAAUUAGAAAGUAUAAGAGAUAAUAGUAUGACUAAAGAUAAAGUAUACAAAUGGUUAGAGAAAAAGAAAAGAAAUAAUCAAGAAAAUAUCAAAAAAGUUAAAGAUGUUGUUAUUAGAGGGAAUGAAGAAGAAAUAAUAGAUAAACCAACAAUAAAAGAAAAGAAAACACCAAAAAUUGAAACAGGGAAAAUUAGAUAUAAUUUAAUUCAUAAUAUUAAAGGAACAAUUCUUGCAGAAGAUGAAGAAUGUGAAAAUAGUUGGAGAAUUAAAAAAUUAGCACAAGUUUGUAAUAGACAAUUAAUUCCAAAAGAAACAGCAAUUUAUUUUAUACAACAAGAAUUAAAUAUUAUUCAUGAAUCAGUUGAUAUUGCAAUAACAUUAUUUGGAAAAAAAAUAAUAAAUAUUGAAGAAUUAGAAAAUAAUUUAAUGAAUAAUUUUUGUUUAAAUGAUAGAAAUAUUAAAAAACUUCUUGAAUUUCAAUUAGAUAAAGAUACUGAUCAAUUAUUCUUUGAUAGAUGGUUUCGUAAAAAACUUAUUUCAAAAGAAACAUAUUUAGCAGCAAUUCAAAAAAUGAAUUAA